AUCCAAUAAAUAUAAAAGAAAAUAGGGAAAGCGAUGAAGGGAAAAUUAAAUAGACGAGUGUCCAGAAAAAGGCAAAAAACUAACAAACAAAGCAAUGGAUAGAUAAAUUAAAGCCUAUCCUCUCCGCCAACUAACGCUAAAACACCGCCACAGCCACCGCCACCGCCACUGCCCUCACUUCUUCAACUUCAACUCUUUUUCUUUUUUAAAUCAAUUUUAUUUAUUAUAAACAAAAGGAAAAAUAAAUUUCUAUAAAGAGGGAGCAAAGCUGAACUUUAUGCUCUUUUUCUCUCUCAAAUUUCAGCUAACUGUAAAAAAGUAAUAAUUAUAAUACUAAUAUUCCGUAAUGUCUUGGCUGUUGAAGUCUCUCCAAUCCGAAGUUCCUCGUUCGCCCACGCCUUCACCAGAUCACAGUCCCACCAACCUAAACGGCGGCGUCAAGGACGAUCUUUCUCUCAUCGGGGAGACUAUAGGCCGCCAACUACGUGGAGUCGCUGCGUUCUUAGCACCGCCUCCUUCGCCGCCUUCCAUCAAUGCCUCCGAGCGAGGGCUAGAACAGGAACAAGUACAAGAGCCGCAGUCAGCUAAGCUCCUGGGGAUCCGCAACGAUUUGGCGGAGAUCGGUGGCAGCUUCAAGAGCGGGCUUUCGUUAUUAUCAAGUAACAGAGCGGUGACGGAGAUCUCUAGAUUCGCUUCGAGUUUAUUACAGUUCCCGGAUCAAGAUGAUCAUGGUGGUCAUGAUGAGGAUGAUGACGAUGAAGAUUACGAUGACGGAGUGCCGGGAAUUACCGAUGAGGUGAUUAAAUUUGUUAAAGAAAUUUCCAACCGACCAGAGCUCUGGACUGAUUUUCCUCUCUCUUUACAUAACGAUUUCAAAAUGUCUGAGGAUCAGAUAGAACAUGCUGAAAAUAUUGAACACCUCGUCCCGAGUUUUGAAGCUCUUAGAGUUGGCCUUCAGAAUAACUUGGGAGAUGAAAGGUUUUGGAUGAUAUAUUUCAUAUUGUUGCUUCCAAGACUGAAUGAGCAUGAUUUUGAGGUUCUUUCAAGCCCUGAGGUUAUUGAAACUAGAGACGCACUUUUGCAGAAGUUGCAAAAGAAUAAGAAUGUACAGGUUGAAAACAGUAGUCCUGAUGCAUCUCGACAGAGUGGCAAUUUUAGUGAGACAAAACGAGAAACUUUUGUAUCUAAGGAAAAGGUCAGUGAAAUCGUAAAUGCAGCAGAAGGAUUAGAGAUUACCUCCAGCGAGGACAACACUGAGCAAUGGUUAGAAGAAGCAGAAUUUUCCUGUGGAAGUUCCCUGAGCAUCAAGAAAAACCUGGAACAUGAAGAUGAUGUUUUGUUCAGUGAUCUGGAAGACGAUGAUACCGAUACUUCUAAUAGAGCAUCAGUGCGUAAGUCAACACAGCAUAACAAAGCUCUUUCAUCCAGUGGAUCCAAUGACUGGGUUCAGCUGGACAAGAGACCAGAAACUCGUGGUGCUUUGCAGAAAGCAGGCCAAACAAGUUGUCGAGAUAAAGAUUCUGAAGGUGAGGAGUCAAAUGACUGGCUCACUGAUGAUGAUUUCGUCGACGUGGUAAGAGGGAAAUGAAUUUCUGAUUCACUGUAAAGUUUCACAAACCCUUUUCCACCUGUUGAACUUCUGUACUUGUGGGAAUCAGACCAUCACAUAAUUGUGUUUUAAUAAAGUAAAAGCGGUCAACUUUAAUCCUGUUAUUGAUAAAAUUUGUACAUAAUAUUUGAUACAUUGGUUUGUAAA